AUGUCAGUUGGCUCUUCGGUGUCCCCAUCGCUGUCCAGCUGCUCUUCCAACGGCGACAGAAUGUCUCCAUCAGGUAAGGAGAACUAUAUAUCUUGUAAAAUGGCAACGGUACUAAAUUUUGGGCCAGAAAAUGUUGUUUUGGGUACAAAAAAUGGUGUUUUAAGCUUAGAACAUGGUGGUUUAGGCAUUGAAAAAGGUAGGUUUAAGCUUAAAAACGGAUGUUUCUGGCUAAGAGGAUGUUGUUUUAGCUAAGAAAAGUUGAUUUAAGGCUGAAAAAGUUAUGUUUAGUCUUAAAAUUCAAGUUUUAGGCCCUAAAACUAUAAAUUUAGGUAACAAAUCGAAUGCUUUUUAAUAUUAUCAUUAUCAUUUUGAAAAAUAUAUUGUUAGUUUUGUCAUUUUAAAGCUAUAAGGGUCAUUUAUAAUGUAAAAACUGUAAAUUGGGGGUAAUUUGUUACCUAAAAGAUCAACGUUUAGUUUGUUACAAAAACGAAAACAUUUCUUAGAAUCGGGAACGUUUAGUCAUAAGAACGGAAGAGAACGCGCGAAAUGUCAUUUUUAUUUUACAAAUUUUUGGAAUUUAAAAUUUUUUUGAAUUUUGAAAAUUUUUAAAAAUUAAAUUUUUUUGAAAAUUCGAACUUUGAUUUUGUUAAAAAUUGAUUUUUUUACUUUCAGAGAUACCCCUGCUUCAUGUAGACGAAGAAGAGCUCGGAAUUCAACCACUGGUCGACAAAGUGCCCUGCCAAAUCUGCAAACUUCAGGCUUCGGCCGUUACCUAUUUUGGAGUGCCGGUUUGUUCAGGAUGUCGCGCUUUCUUUCGACGUUCAGUGAAGAGCAACAAGAAGUAUCAUUGUUUGAACUCGAGGCUUUGUGGCAAGAAUCAGUGUAAGGAACUUUUGACAUUUUUUAAACAUUUUUUGUCAAAAAUAAUUUUUUUGAAAAAUUUUAAAAAUAUCGAAAUUUUAAAGAAAGUGCUAUUUUAAAUGUAUUUUUUUAAUUUUCUGAGGGUUUUAUGGUCAAAAAACUGUGCUUUGAUAUGCUAGUACCUUUAUUGGUACCUUUUAGUGCUCCUUUGUUAAGUGCUUUCAUAGGUCAGUGCGAGUGCGCUGGACCUAUCAAUCAAAAGCUCUUGGGUUCGAAUCCUGAUGGAUGUAAACAUCUUUUUUGCUGGUUUUAACUAACUUUUUGAUAUUGAAAAGUUUAAAAUAAGUAAAAUACGACUAUUAAAGAUUCAUUAUGAAAGAUUUAUGAAAAGUAUGAUUAAAAGAGUGUAAAAAAUAACUUUUUUUGUCACUUUAGUGGUUCCAAACCGCCGAGUCUGCAAAUACUGUCGCUUUCAACGGUGUAUCGACGCUGGAAUGUUGGAUGCUAGUAAGUUUUUUUUUAACAAUAAAAGUUGAGAAUAGUUUUAAAAUUGUCAGAAUUUUCUUCAUAAUAUUUAAAAUGGCGAGAACUUUCAUUACAAAACAAAAAAGUGGGAUUUGGCGUAUAACUUGUCACCUGCAGGCUGCGCAUGGCUGAUUUUGUUUGUUUUUGCACAAAUACGAAGGAAUUUUAUUUACAAAGGUGAAACGGCAAGAAAUUUCUUUAAAAAAGUUAAAAUGGCGAGAACUUUCUUUACAGAAGCUAAAAUGGCAAGAACUUUGUUUACAAAACAAAACAUGGCAAAAACUUUCUUUCCAGUUUCUAUAACACGCCUUUACUGUUUUUCAGAAGUGCGGAUGACCACUCGUUUAAUGGAAUCGACCAAAAACUUUGACUGUCCCUUGCCCUUCCUCGUCACCAGCCCCACCUCCACGGUGUACCUGACCAACGACGACGUCCUCUCCAGGUUCAUGACUCUAAAACAACGUAUAAUAUCUGAGAGAAAUCGACUUUACGGCCACCGAUUCGAAGCCCAACUCAGCUCGGGAGCUCCACACGACAUGAAGGUGGGCUUGGACGAAUAUGCCAUUUUCAAUCGUGUCAUCAACUCCACCGACAACCUCUUUAACCAGAUUGAUGUGGAGGACUGGGAGCGGCUAAAGUCUAGUGAAUACUCAAUGUGGUGGUCGUUGACGGAGCAGCUAGCUACAACGAUAAGAUACUAUGGUCAUGAGCAUAAGAGGCUGUACAACAUUGAUGGCUCAUAUGCACCAUUAACAAUGGAGCACACCCGAAGACACUUUGGCUACAUCUACUCGAACAUCGAAGGUGAUAAGGACAAUAUCUUUGAUAUCACUAUGGAAUACGUAUUUAGAGUUCAGCUAGCCAUGGCCGAAACUGUGGCUAAGUCUAUGGCCAAGAUCAAUCUGGAUGAUACUGAACUAUCAGCGCUAGUACUGUUGUUAAUGACUAGAAGCUCAUGUCUGGAGAAUGUGAAAGAGAACACGAGGAAGUACCUCAAGUUCUUGAGGGAUGGGACAUUGAAGAGCUUGGCCAACUACGAAAAAAGUCAUGGCCGAGAUGAGGAUGAAAGGAUGGCUCAGAUCAUAUUCUUAAUGACAGACUUUCAGGUAGGUAAAGGGGCUUUUUGAAGUUUGAAAUGAUAAGAAAGGCAAAAAUGACAAGAACUUUCUUUAAUGAGCAAAAAAUGGCAACUACUUUCUUUACAUAGCAAAAAGUGACAAUAUCUUUCUUUACAAAUCUAAAAAUGACAAGAACUUUGUUUACAAGACCAAAAACGCUAUCGGUCGUAUAACUUGUCACCCGCAGUCCGUGCGAGGCUAUUUUAGCCUUUUUAUACUGAAAAAACAAGAACUUUGUUUACAAACAAUAAAAUUGCAAGAACUUAAUUUACAAGACUUUAAAUGGCAAGGACUUUCUUUACAGAACAAAAAAUGACAAAAAUUUUCUUUACAAGGCAAAAUGUCAAGAACUUUCUUUACAAAAUAAAAAAUGGCAAGAAAUUUCUUUACAGAAUGAAAACUGGCAAGAACAUUGUUUAGAAAAACCAGAAUGGCAAGAACUUUGUUUACAAAAGCAAAAAUGGCAAGAACUUUCUUUAGAAAGCAAAAAAUGAAGCAAAUUUCAAUUUUAAAAUUUUAGAAUUUGGGUCGACUGAUAAAACACUCGAUGCAACUUUUAAUGGCUGCCACUGAAUACCGUGCGUUGCCACAACAUUUCUACCGUAUUUUAGACGAAUGUCGUCAUAGCAGCUUCAUAAAACCAAAAGCAGUCUUUGCUUGUUAA